ACAGUCCCCGCGCGCUGCCCGGAGCCGGAGGAAGCGCAGCGAGCGGGCGAGCGAGCGCUGGGAGCCCGGUUCAGCAGAGGGGGCGCCCGGCCGCCGCUUACGCUCGGGCCGGUCGUCUUCCCGGCGCUGCGGGGCCCGAAGGGAGCAAAAGGCGAACGAAGAGUCCGGGAGGGGAGCCCGCGGGGGAGGCGCCGGUCCCGCUCCUCCGUCUCCCGGGCCAGCCGGGAAGCGCUCGCUGACCGCCCCGCCGGCCCCGAGCCCGCAAGCCCGUUCCCCGCUGUCCCAGGGAUGGUCUAGGAGCCUGCGAGGGGCUAGGCGCUGCGCUCCGUUCCCGGGCUCUCCUGCCUGCUGCAUCCCGCUCCCGGCUGCGCGCUCGGCCGGCCCAGGCCGGAGAAGUUAGUUGUGCGCUCCGCUUAGCGCGCGAGCCAGCGGGCAGCGAGGCGCCGGGACCAUGGGCUGGGGCUGGGGGAGUCGCCGCUGCCACCCGGGACGGCAGGACCUGCUGUGCGUGCUGGCGCUGCUCGCGGGCUGUCUGCUCCCAGUGUGCCGGACGCGCGUCUACACCAACCACUGGGCGGUGAAGAUCGCCGGCGGCUUUGCUGAGGCCGACCGCAUCGCCAGCAAGUACGGAUUCAUCAACGUAGGACAGAUUGGCGCGUUGAAGGACUACUAUCACUUCUACCAUAGUAGGACCAUUAAAAGGUCUGUUCUCUCAAGCAGAGGAACCCACAGUUUCAUUUCAAUGGAACCAAAGGUGGAGUGGAUCCAGCAGCAAGUGGUGAAGAAACGGACGAAGAGGGAUUAUGACCUCAGCCGCGCCCAGUCCACCUACUUCAAUGACCCCAAGUGGCCAAGUAUGUGGUACAUGCACUGCAGCGAUAACACGCAUCCCUGCCAGUCAGACAUGAAUAUUGAAGGGGCCUGGAAGAGAGGCUACACGGGGAAGAACAUCGUGGUGACUAUCCUGGACGACGGCAUCGAGAGAACCCACCCCGAUCUCAUGCAAAACUACGAUGCUCUGGCAAGUUGCGAUGUGAACGGGAAUGACUUGGACCCGAUGCCUCGUUAUGAUGCAAGCAAUGAGAACAAGCACGGGACCCGCUGUGCUGGAGAAGUGGCAGCCGCUGCAAACAACUCUCACUGCACCGUCGGAAUCGCUUUCAACGCGAAGAUUGGAGGUGUGAGGAUGCUGGACGGUGAUGUCACAGACAUGGUGGAAGCGAAGUCUGUCAGCUACAAUCCACAGCACGUGCAUAUCUACAGUGCCAGCUGGGGCCCAGACGAUGAUGGCAAGACUGUGGAUGGGCCGGCUCCCCUCACCCGGCAAGCUUUUGAGAACGGUGUGAGAAUGGGGCGGAGAGGUCUUGGCUCUGUGUUUGUGUGGGCAUCUGGCAAUGGUGGAAGGAGCAAAGACCACUGCUCUUGCGACGGCUACACCAACAGCAUCUACACCAUCUCCAUCAGCAGCACGGCCGAGAGUGGAAAGAAACCUUGGUACUUGGAAGAGUGUUCAUCUACCCUGGCCACAACCUACAGCAGUGGAGAAUCCUAUGAUAAGAAGAUAAUUACUACUGACCUAAGGCAACGAUGCACGGACAAUCAUACUGGGACAUCAGCCUCAGCUCCCAUGGCUGCUGGCAUCAUUGCCCUGGCCCUGGAAGCCAAUCCGUUUCUGACCUGGAGAGACGUACAGCAUGUAAUUGUCAGGACUUCCCGUGCGGGACAUUUGAACGCUAAUGACUGGAAAACCAAUGCUGCUGGUUUUAAGGUGAGCCAUCUGUAUGGAUUUGGACUGAUGGAUGCGGAAGCCAUGGUGAUGGAGGCAGAGAAGUGGACAACUGUUCCUCAGCAGCACGUGUGCGUGGAGAGCACAGACCGACAAAUCAAGACAAUUCGCCCAAACAGUGCAGUGCGCUCCAUCUACAAAGCCUCCGGCUGCUCGGAUAAUCCUAACCAUCACGUCAAUUACCUGGAGCAUGUAGUCGUGCGUAUUACCAUCACACACCCUCGGAGGGGAGACCUGGCCAUCUACCUGACCUCACCCUCAGGAACCAGAUCCCAGCUUUUGGCGAACAGGCUAUUUGAUCACUCUAUGGAAGGGUUUAAGAACUGGGAGUUCAUGACCAUUCACUGCUGGGGAGAACGGGCGGCUGGUGACUGGAUCCUUGAAGUGUAUGAUACUCCAUCUCAGCUGAGGAACUUCAAGACCCCAGGCAAAUUGAAAGAAUGGUCCUUGGUCCUCUAUGGCACAUCCGUACAGCCAUACUCCCCAACCAACGAGUUUCCCAAAGUAGAACGCUUCCGCUAUAGCCGAGUGGAAGACCCCACAGAUGACUACGGUGCUGAAGAUUAUGCAGGUCCCUGUGACCCUGAAUGCAGCGAGGUUGGUUGUGAUGGGCCAGGACCAGACCACUGCAGUGACUGUUUACACUACUACUAUAAGCUGAAAAACAACACCAGAAUCUGUGUCUCCAGCUGCCCUCCUGGUCACUACCAUGCUGACAAGAAGAGGUGCCGGAAGUGUGCGCCCAACUGUGAGUCCUGCUUCGGCAGCCAUGGUGAUCAGUGCCUAUCCUGUAAAUAUGGCUACUUCCUGAACGAAGAAACCAGCAGCUGUGUUACUCAGUGUCCUGAUGGCUCAUACCAGGAUACCAAGAAAAAUGUUUGCGGGAAAUGCAGUGAGAACUGUAAGGCAUGCACUGGAUUUCACAACUGCACAGAGUGCAAGGGCGGAUUAAGCCUUCAGGGAUCCCGCUGCUCUGUCACCUGUGAGGACGGACAGUUCUUCAGCGGUCACGAUUGCCAGCCCUGCCACCGCUUCUGCGCCACCUGCACUGGGGCCGGAGCAGAUGGGUGCAUUAACUGCACUGAGGGCUAUGUCAUGGAAGAGGGAAGGUGUGUGCAGAGCUGCAGUGUGAGCCAUUACCUGGACCAGUCUUCAGAGAAUGGAUACAAAUCCUGCAAGAGAUGUGAUAACAGCUGUUUGACAUGCAAUGGCCCAGGAUUCAAAAACUGUUCCAGCUGCCCCACUGGGUAUCUUUUAGACUUAGGAACGUGUCAGAUGGGAGCCAUCUGCAAGGAUGGAGAAUAUGUUGACGAGCAAGGCCACUGCCAAGCCUGCGAAGCCUCAUGUGCCAAGUGCAGGGGACCAACUCAGGAAGACUGUACCAGCUGCCCCACGACAAGGGUUUUGGAUGAUGGUCGCUGUGUUUUGAACUGUCCCUCAUGGAAGUUUGAAUUUAAGAAGCAAUGCCAUCCAUGCCACCAUACUUGCCAAGGAUGCGAAGGAAGUGGGCCUUCCAACUGCACCUCCUGUAGGCCAGACAAGCAUGGUCGGGAGCGCUUCCUGUACCAGGGUGAGUGCUGGGAGAACUGCCCUGUGGGCCAUUAUGCUGCCGAGGGACGCGCCUGCUUGCCCUGCCCGGACAACUGUGAGCUUUGCUCCAACCCGCAUGUCUGCACUAGAUGCAGGAGCAGCUACUUCAUCACGCCCACCGACUACACCUGUCGGAAGCUGGAGUGCGGACAAGGUGAAUUCCAGGACUCUGAGUAUGAAGAAUGCAUGCCUUGUGAGGAAGGAUGUCUGGGAUGCACCGUGGGUGAUCCGGGAGCCUGUACCUCGUGUGCUGCAGGAUAUUACAUGUUUGAGCGGCGCUGCUAUAAAGCCUGCCCUGAGAAGACCUUCCUCGCUGAACGGGAAUGCAGGGCCUGCGGCACUGACUGUAGCAGCUGCGACGAGCACGAGUGCUACUGGUGUGAGGAGGGCUUCUUUCUCUCAGGUGGCAGCUGUGUGCAGGAUUGUGGCCGUGGAUUCUAUGGAGACCAAGCGUUGGGGAAGUGUGAGCCUUGCCACCGAGCCUGUGAGACUUGCACAGGAUUGGGCUACAACCAGUGCAGCAGCUGUCAAGAAGGGCUGCAGCUGAGGAAUGGGACUUGUGUCUGGCCCACCUGGUCCCAGGUAGAAAGCAAGGUCUGGAGUGAAGCUGUGCCCACUGAAAAGCCACCUUUGGUGAAGAGCCUGCUGCAGGAACAACGAAGGUGGAAAGUUCAAAUGAAAAGAGAUACAACGAGGCAGGAUCAACCUUGUGAUUCUUCUUGUAAAACCUGCCAUGGAUCUGAGACUCUCUGCACUUCAUGUCAUACGGGUACAUACCUCUUUGGGCAGGCCUGUGUUCACUCCUGUCCCCAGCGCACUUGGCCCUCGGUCAGGAGCGGCCACUGUGAAAACUGUGCCGAGGGCUGUGCCUCUUGCUCUGGAGCUGACCUUUGCCAAAAGUGCCUGAGUUCGCCGGACAACGCCCUGGUUCUCCACGAUGGCAGGUGCUACCACAGCUGCCCAGAGGGCUUCUAUGCAAAAGAUGGUAUUUGCGAACACUGUAGCUCCCCUUGCAAAACAUGUGAAGGAAAUGCCACCAGCUGCCUCUCUUGUGAAGGAGAUUUCGUCCUAGACCAUGGGAUGUGCUUGCAAACUUGCCCUGAAAAACACGUGGCCAUGGAAGGAGUCUGCAAGCACUGUCCAGAGAUGUGCCAGGACUGCAUCCAUGAAAAAAUUUGCAAAGAAUGCAUGCCUGGAUUCUUCCUAUAUAAUGACAUGUGCCAUCAUCCCUGUCCCAAACACUUCUAUCCUGACUUACGCCAGUGUGUCCCCUGCCAUGAAAACUGUCUGGAGUGCAAUGGUCCCAAGGAGGAUGACUGUGCUGUCUGUGCUGAUACUUCCAAAGUUCUCUACAAGGGGUUGUGUUUGGAUGUGUGCCCUGAGGGAACCUACGAAGAAGAAGAGAAUGAUGAAUGCAAAGAUUGUCCCAAGUUCUGCCAGACCUGCUCAUCAGCUUGGACCUGCCUGUCCUGUCGGGAAGGCCUGAGAAAAGUGCAUGAUGUCUGCACAGCACCCAAGGAGUGUGCAGCCAUUGAGUACUGGGACGAGGGCUCUCACAGGUGCCAGCCAUGUCACAGGAAAUGCUCCCGCUGCUCAGGGCCUGCUGAGGACCAGUGCUAUAGCUGCCCUGGAGAGACUCUUCUUCUCAACACGACUUGUGUGAGAACCUGCCCAGAAAGCUACCACGCUGACAAGGACAGCCACCAGUGUGUGCCCUGCCACAGCUCUUGCCGGACCUGUGAAGGACCACACAGCAUGAACUGCAGCUCCUGCCGACCCGGCUGGUUUCAGCUGGGCAAAGAGUGCUUGCUGCAGUGCAGGGAUGGAUAUUAUGGAGAAAGUGCCAGUGGUCGGUGUGAGAGGUGUGACAAGAGCUGCAAGGCAUGCCGAGGCCCACAGCCCACAGACUGCCAGUCUUGUGACCCAUUUUUCUUUCUGCUGCGCUCCGAGGGGCAGUGUCGUCGCUCUUGCCCCGAGCACUACUAUGCAGACCAGCGCUCACAGACCUGUGAGAGGUGCCAUCCAACUUGUGACCAGUGCGAAGGAAAGGGGGCAUUGAAAUGCUUGUCCUGUGUGUGGAGCUACCACUUCCAGAAAGGAAUUUGUAUGCCGGAUUGUGUUGUUGGGGAAUACAGAGACAGAAAGGGAGAAAAUUUCAACUGUAAAAAGUGCCACGCGAGCUGCGAAGAGUGCAAAGGGCCCGGGGCCAAGAACUGCACAGUGUGUCCAGCUGGCCUGCUGCUGCACGUGGAGGACGGCCGCUGUCUCCGCUGCUGCAGUGCUUCCCACCCCCACAGGUCCCGGGACUGCUGUGACUGCCAGAGCUCCACAGGCCUUCCACCGGAGGAAUGCAUCCUUCCAGUCAGCGAGGCUGUGUCCUCGGAGCGCACCAAGACUGCCCUGCUGGUGACCUCGGGAGCCAUGCUGCUGCUGCUGCUGGGGGCCGCUGUGGUUGUGUGGCGGAAGUCCAGAAGCCGACCUGAGGCAAAGGGGCGCUACGAAAAGCUGGCAGAACCCACUGUGUCAUACUCCUCCUACAGGAGCAGUUAUCUCGACGAGGACCAGGUGAUUGAGUACAGGGACCGGGACUAUGAUGAAGAUGAUGAGGAUGACAUUGUCUACAUGGGCCAAGAUGGCACUGUCUACCGGAAGUUCAAGUAUGGGCUGCUGGAUGAGACGGAAGACGAUGAGUUGGAGUAUGAUGAUGAGAGCUACUAUCAGUAAACAGAGCUCCUCCAUCCCCCACCCCUUUCCUGGUCCCUGUGGCUGUCAGCCCUUCUGGAGCUACUAACUCUUUGGCUGAGGUUCGAGUGUUUUGUGCUUUGUCCUAACUUUGCAUCCAACCUGAAUGUGGAGGAACCCUGGAGUCCGCUGUGCUGCUUUUGACUAGCCAAGUGCAAUGAACAGAUCUUCCAAGGAGAGACUUCAAAGGAAUUUUCCUUGAGGGUAUGUCAAGACCUUAAAAAAGAGGAGAGAUCUGUUGAAGACUCUUACAUGAUUUUUCAGAGUGGGUGGGGCAGAGGACCUGUAGGGGUUCUGCUCAAGCGGUACUUGGAGGCCCCCAGCUACCUUCAGGAAUUCUGAGAGUUGUUGGGGCUGGGGUGGCAGGUCUGUUCCCUUUCAAUCGUGUUUUAAACAAACAAACAAAAAUCUGUAAAGACAAAGAAAGGGGGCUUGCAGUUUCUUUCAGCCCCUGGGGAGCAGAAAAGACCAUCUCUCCUGUGACCGCUCAACCCCCAUCUUAAAUGAAUAAUUGCUCAUAGCUUACAGACCUUGCACUCCUCUGCAGAAACCCCAGAAACCCAGAACCCUAACGCUCCAAGGGCAGAGAAAGCUUAGGUGGAGAGCAGGCAGCUGCCAAGUCCACAAGGAAGGAAACUGUUUCCAAGAGUCUCACCCUCCUGAUUUUCUAAAAGCCUUUUCGGUAGGAAAGAAUAAAAGAAACAUUGUAAUAAUAACCUAACACAAAAGACAAAAAUUCUAUCUGCUCUAAAUAAUAAUAAUAAUAAUACUUUAGCUACAGAGCAAAGCAUUCAUCAAUGAAUCAUCAAACCAGUUUGGCUCUCCAUAAGAAAAGGCGGGUGUACAGCCUAAAUUUUAAAAAAAUCCCAUCAUGCUGUUCACAGUCUGCAAUCAAGCUGCAAACAGCUGUCCGGCUCUCUUCAGUCCUAUGGUUUGUUUUGUUUCGUUUUGUUUCUGGGCUUCAUAAACUCUUUUCCACUCUGGUCAAGAGUGUUCUUAGAUUACACAACUGUGGCACUUUUUCUGCAGAUGGUAAUUCACAGGGAGGGCCCUGAACGCAAAAUGACACAAGCAUUUGUCAUCGUGAAGCUCCUUGUCAUUGUCAGUGCUACGUGUGAAACACCAAAAAGUGAAAGUGACACCAUCUUUAUUAUGAUGGCAGUCAUAAUAAAGUGAGUCGCACACCUGCUGCACACCAGGCUGAUUAAUGUAUCUCACACCCUUCCUAUGUAACAACUCUACCAGAUGAUGCAGUGCACCUCUGGUUGUUUGUUUUUUUAAGAUUUAUUUAUUAUUUAUACAGCAUCCUGCCUGCACACCGGAUCUUACUAUCUAUGGUUAUGAGGCAUCAUGUGGUUGCUGGGAAUUGAACUUAGGACCCUUGGAAGAGCAGCCAGCGCUCUUAACCUCUGAGCCAUCUUUCCAGCCCUCACUCCUGUUUUUAUAGGAAAUCUGAGGCUUCCAAAAGGCUAAGCCACUAGCUCAAGAUUGCAGACAGCUCAUUAAGGUUCAAGAAAUAAGAAUGACCUUAAAGCAUUUUAGUAACUGUUCUCCACUGACAGUGUCAAAACAACCAUCCUAAAUAUAAGAAGACUAUGUCCCUUAUUUUAUUCCAUGACAGUUAUCCUACACAGUAUGAUAACGUCCAUGAGUGUAGAUAACAACACCUGAUUAUGGGAGAUCACUAUGCUUGUGUUUCUUCAGAGACAAGCCCUUAGAACACAGACCACUAAAUAGUCUCUGCCAACAAUCAGGUUUCUUUUCAGGCUUUCUGAGCUAAAAAGACCCUGUCAGGACUGCUCAGACCUGCCGUAGAAACAUGUGUGGAACCAGUCCAAAAUUAACAAGUAAGCUGUGCCCCAGUAAAACUUUGUUUAUAAUCACUAAUAUUUGAAUUUCAGGUCAUCAUCACAUAUCAUGAAAUAACAUCCUCUUGAUGGUUUAUAUAUAUAUAUAUAUAUAUAUAUAUAUAUAUAUAUAUAUAUGAAUGAGCUAGCACUAUGGUGGCACAUGCCUGUAAUCCCAGCACUCAGGGAGGCAGAGGCAGGCAGAUCUCUGUGAGAUCAAGGCCAGCCUGGUCUACAAAGUGAGUCCAGGACAGACAAGGAUACACUGAAAAAGCCUGUCUCAAAAAAUAAGCAAACAAAAAAACAAAAACAACAACAGGUAGCUUCAGACUCUUAAGACAUCAUGUGUAUCACAUACACAUAGGAUAAAGUUCCCAAUUUUUGAUCAUUUAAAAUGAUCUCUUCAAAAUCCAUUUGAUUGUUUACUUUUCAGGUAAGAUAGCUUUAAAGAAUUUCCGUCAUAUCAGCCCUUGCUGUGUAAUUCCAGAGUUCAACUAUAGAAACAAGUAAUUUUGACUGUAUGUGUCAUUCAACUUCCUUGAGAAUGUAGAAGCAGGCUGAGCUGCUUUCAGCAGCCUAAAGAAAAACAAAAAAACAUUUUCCCAAGAAAAGUACCUGUGCUUAUGAGGAUGUACACUCUUACAAGAUGAGUUGAAAUACCAGGAAAAGUUGUGUUGCUGCUCUUUGUGGUCCACAAAGAAAGGAACCUUUGUGCCUGUGUGUGGUUAAGGCACCUAGCCUUCUGUCCUUUUAGUCAUGACACAUUCUUCUCCAACGUCCUUUAAAGUGUGUACUAACAACUGACUUAGUGCAUAAAUGUGUGGUUGAAAAACAGCUUUCUGUUUUCUGCUUGCAAAUAACUUGAAAAUGUUAAGACUAGAAAUAUGGCAGGAGAUUGAAUAAAAGUUCUCAAGAUUCAGGCUCUCUAAAGGGAAUUUUAAAUUGGAAAUAAAGUGAAAUCAAGAACAGAUAAUGCUACAGAGACUUGCUUAUUAGUGGACUAUUUCUGAGCACUUUUAUGUGUGUAGGAUUAAGCUGUACCAAAUAAUAGAUGCAAAAACGGAAGGCGUUCUGGGUUUUGUCUUCUUCAGUCUGUGUAUCCCCAAUGCAGAACAAGUCUUACCAUUGAUGAAUUUCUUCUCCAAUAAAUCGAUCCAGUCUGUCUUUCA